UGGUGCAGCUGUGUAAAUGGUGACUGAGUAGGAACGAGUCAAUGUGUUACAGUGAACAUUUGCCAUUUGUUUUGUCUAGUGUCCAUGUUGCCAGCUGCAAUGGAGCCUCUUUAAAUUGCUCUGCAGCUGCGUCUUUUUUUAGCCUCCACGUUUCUCCUGCCGGCUCGGGGUUGUGGAAGUACAGCGUGUAAUAACUUCAGUGAAUGAGCGCUGGUGUUUGCUGCAGGCCUUUGCGAGCUUCUCCUCUGAGCUGGGGACUGCCUGAGCUCAUACUUGUGAAUACAGUGAGCAGCGGGUGAACCAGAGCUUCAGCUUGCAGCCUCGGUGUCGAGUUCUCUGUGUGGCCGCUUAGUGACGCCUGAUUUCGGGGAAGGACGCGCUGCAAUGGACCGCAAAUCUACUACAGUGGACCACUAUAAGGCAGCCAUGUUGCUGAGUGGUGUCGGUGAUGCUCUGGGAUACAGGAACCAGCUGUGGGAGUACAAUGAGUCGGGACCAGCUAUUCAUCAGGAGCUGAAGGAGCUUGGUGGUCUGAAGAACAUCAAGGUCGAGCUCCCUGACUGGCCGGUGAGCGACGACACAGUUCUGCAUCUGGCGACGGCUGAAGGGCUGGCAACUGGGAAGGGAGGGGAGGAACUCUUGCAUGAUGUGGCUACUCGAUAUGUGGAGGGUAUGAAAGACAUGGACGGGAGGAAACCGGGGCCUUCAAGCAUUCUGGGAGUCUCCCAGCUGAAGCCUGGAGAGGAAGGGGGCUUCAGAGUGCCCUAUAAUCCAGAGGGGACAGGCUGUGGAGCGGCCAUGAGGUCCAUGUGCAUUGGCCUCAGGUAUCCGAAGCCUGACCAGCUUUUGUCAUUGGUGGCGGUUGCCGUGGAGACAGGCAGGAUGACCCAUCCUCACCCCACCGGUUUCCUGGGAGCCGUAGCGUCGGCCCUUUUUACUGCGUACGCCGUCCAGCGCAGGCCAAUCACAACUUGGGGUCUAGGCCUGAUCAACGAGGCCUGUCCAAUAGCAAAGAACUUUGUUAAUGGCCGAGGCUUCGCCGUGGAGGAGACGGAGAGAGACUGGGACUACUUCUGUGACAAGUGGCUGUGGUACCUGGAUACGAGGGGCAUCUCUUGUGGAGUGGGGCCUGUGAUUUGGCCAUCCUCCUAUGGCCCAGCUGAGAGAGACGAAGCCUACAAGAGCUUCAGCCUGUCAGGCUGGGCGGGACGCAGCGGACACGAUGCUCCGAUGAUUGCGCUGGACGCCCUGCUGGGGGCGGGUUCAGACUGGGAGGAGCUGAUGAGCAGAGCAGGCUUCCAUGGAGGCGACAGUGACAGCACAGCAGUGAUUGCCUGCUGCUGCUGGGGUCUCCUCUACGGCACCCAGGGGGUCCCUGAAGGCAACUACUCGAACCUUGAGUACCGGGACCGACUGGAGCGCACCGCCGAGCAACUCUACGCCCUGUCACACUGAGAAGGCCACCACAGCCUGCUGCAUUGACCGAGUGUGUCCCAACAUCUUGCACUGAGGGGGGAACUAGGCCACACACUGACAUAUUGACGUAGAGCUAGUUGGCGCGCUCGGUAGUACAUCGAUUCUAGAGGGCUGUCACUGAGCCACAAAGUGUGGUGUCAUACUUGCCUGAAGGGGAAGCAGAGUGCCCCACUAACCCAGAGUCAUUUCUGCCACAACAAGGCCUCACAGGGCUGGUGUAUAAAGAGGUUUCCCCCUAGUGACCAUUUUAAAUUAACAUGCCGAAUUGCACCACUGAGUGGAACAAAUCCAAGCUAAUGAGAAUGUGAAGAGAACAAAACAAGUCCCCUAGGAGGUAAUUACUUCAUUUUGUCAGCUUGACAUAAUAGCAAAUGCUUAUCAAGCUUCAAAUUAAAUGUGCUCUUGUUAUUGUCUAAUGAAAAAUACAUUUCCAUCUCAUUUUAGUUAACUGUUACUUCAUGCAGUGAAGAGCAAAACUGUAACUGCAAUAGUCCAAAUUAAGCACAAUUAAUGAUGGAUUCAAUUAGACAAAUAAAGCUUUGAAGUUGAGUUGAAAACUUUA